AUGAAUUAUCUUACGUUCCUCUUGGCAGUUCUUCAUGCACACAGAGCUCUAUGCCAAGAAAUGCUUUGGGAUACAACUGUUAAACUUGCUGAGAAUAUGACACUAGAGUGUAUCUACCCAUCCAUGGACAGCUUAACCCAGAUGGAGUGGUUCAAGAUCAACACAACCAAUAAAGAAUCCAUAGCCAUCUUUAACCCGGUUCAUGGUGUGGUCAUUAGGGAACUGUAUGCUGACAGGGUGUCCUUUUUGAAUUCAACUGCAUCUCCCAAUGAUAUGACCCUGUACUUUCAUAAUACCUAUAGAGCUGAUGUUGGCUUCUAUUGCUGCUCUCUUCACACUUUCCCUUAUGGACACUGGGAGAAGAUUAUCCAGGUGGUUUCAAUAGAUGGCUUUGAGAUAGUGGAGUCACCCAAUAGCCAUGUGGUUUCGGCACCUGGAAAAAAUGUCACACUCUCCUGUCUUCUGCCAGAGAAGAGGCCAAUAGAAAAGGUUACCUGGGAAAAGAUACAACCUCAUCAGAUCGACCUCCUGACAAGCUGUAACCUAUCCCAAGGGCGAAAUUAUGUUUCUAAGUACCCUAGAGAGCUCUGGAGUCCCUGCAGUACAGGCAUGCAGAAGAGCUCCAUUGUCUUGCCCCAUGUUCUGACCUCUGACUCUGGACUUUACCAGUGUGAAUUCCAGGCCUUCGAAGCAGAAAAUGCAACCUGUGUGAUUAGACUGACGGUCAUCUCUGGUAACAAUGAUAGCCUAUAUAUCCUCUUCAUUGCUGGAGGGACAGUUAUAUUGUUGGUGCUGAUUAUCCUAAUUUCAUUGGUCAUUGUUCUUUCCUUUAAUAGAAGGCAACGGCAAAAGAAAAUUCUAUUUGAGAAGUCCUGGGAAACUCAGAAUAAGGCAACCAAUAACUACCGAAGUCCUGCAACACCCAAUCAACUGCUGGAUGGUGCAAAAGAGGAUAUUUAUGUCAACUACCCAAACUUCUCGCGUAGACCAAAGACUAGAGUUUAA